AUGGCUCCCAUCGCAAAGACCGUCUGCGUGGCGCUUGCCGCCAUCGCCCUCGCCGCCACGGGCACUCAGCCCGCCCAGGCCCAUCAGCUUCACUCUCGCCACGCCGCUGCUGGUAGCAACGUCUACCACAACCUUCACUCGCACUCUCGCCGCAUGGAGCGAAAGAUCCGUCGCAACGACUCCUUCUCUAUCUCGGGCUCCGGCAGCCUCUCGGGCGCCGCUGCCGUCGACGGCGCUUCCUCCUCCGCCUCCAUCUCGGGCUCCGGCUCCAUCUCUGGCUCGGCCUCCGACUCGGGCUCGCAGUCCAGCGCCAAGUCUCAGUCCGACUCUGGUGCUGAUUCGUCCGCCAAGUCGGGUGCCGACUCCGGAGCGCAGUCCAGCGCUCAGUCCAGCGCUCAGUCUAGCGCUCAGUCCAGUUCCGAGGCUAGCUCGCAGGCUAGCUCGCAGGCUAGCUCGCAGGCUAGCUCGCAGGCAAGCUCCGAGUCGAGCGCUCACUCGAGCUCUCAGUCUGAUGCCAACUCGAGCUCGUCCAGCAGCUCGUCCAACUCGUCCAGCCAGUCGAGCUCCCAGGCCAGCUCCCACUCCAGCUCCGAGUCGAGCGCCUCGUCCAGCUCUCAUGCCGAGUCCCAGUCGGGCUCGAGCGCCAACUCGAGCGCCAACUCGAGCGCCAGCUCCAACUCUGACGCCGGUUCCGAUGCCAACGCCGGUUCCGAUUCGAAGGGUUCGAGCGAGAGCGGUGCACAGAGCAACCAUGCCUCGGGCUCCAGCUCGUCGGCCGGCCCUACUUCGACCGCUUCGGCAUCUGGCACGGCUGCGACGACGUCGAGCACUCCUUGCACCGACCACAAGACGGGCACUCACUCGGGCAGCGCCUCGGGUGCCUCUGCCACCUCGACCGCCUCGCACGUCAGCGCCGCCAGCGCCGCCUCUGCUGCCUCUGCCAGUGCCACUUCGACCCACUCGAGCGGCUCGGCCAGCGCCGCCUCGUCUACGCCUUGCACCGAGAGCAACAAGGCCAGCUCCACCGCUUCCGCCGCCACCGCUCAAAAGACCCCCGAGGCAGAGUCGUCGUCCGGCAGUCAGGCUGCUUCCGAGUCGUCGUCCCAGUCCGAUGCUGGCGCGCAGGCCGCCGCCAGCUCCAACGCCGACUCGACCGCUCAGUCCAGCUCCCAGUCUGGUUCUUCCGAUGAUGACGAGGACUGCGACGAUGACGACGAGAGCGAGGCUUCGUCCACUGCUACCUCCGGUGCUGCCUCCGGUGCCAGCUCGGGCUCCGCUUCCAACUCUGGCUCCAGCUCCAACUCUGGCUCGGGCUCGAACUCUGCCUCGAACUCUGGCUCUGGCUCUGCCUCCCACUCUGUCUCUCACUCUGGUUCCAACUCUGGCUCUUCCUCCUCCGGUUCCAACUCGGGCUCCUCCUCUGGUGCCGUCUCUGGCUCGAGCUCGGGCAGCUCUUCGAACGCUGGUGCUUCCUCGACUGCUGGUGCCAACGCUGGCUCUUCGUCGUCUGGCUCUUCGGACGCCAACGCUGGCGACGAUGACUGCGACGAGGGUGGCGACGCCGACGCCACUGCCGACGACGACGAGGACUGCGACGAAGACGAGACGUCUAACACUGGUUCGGAUGAGACCGACGAGGACUGCGACGAUGAGGACAGCGGCAGCUCGUCCAACGCAGCUGCUGCGGCCGCCGCUUCGUCUUCGUCUUCGGCUUCGUCGUCGUCCAACUCUGGCAGUGACAACAGCAGCAACAACCAGCAGCAGCCCAAGGCGGCAUCUUCGACCUCGUCGAGCUCUGCUGCGCCCACUGCCACUCCUCAAGCUCAGCACGACCAGAACAGCAACAAGGCUAGCUCGUCGUCGUCGGCUCCUGCCUCUUCGACCUCUGCGUCGGGUGCCGUGGCCUCUGCGGCUGCAUCUGCUUCGUCGUCGGCCAGCAGCCUCGCCAACGCUGUCAGCGGUGGGUUUGCGACGUUCUUCUACCAGAACGGAAACGCGGGCGCUUGUGGCAACCGCAACUCGGACUCGUCGGCUGUGGCAGCCCUCCAGUCGCAGACGUACGCAGGUGGGGCUCACUGCGGUAAGCAGAUCAAGAUCUUCCGCGCCGACAACCCCAGCAAGUCGGUGCUCGUCACCGUGGCCGACGAGUGCCCCAGCUGCGUGAACAGCGAGUCGAUCGAUCUCUCGGUCGGUGCCUUCACCCAGAUUGCCUCCGAGUCCGAGGGCAUGGUCGGCAUCAAGUGGGAGUGGGCCUGA